UGCUGAAACAAUUCAUUCACCAUGGCCCGUACCAAGCAGACCGCUCGUAAGUCCACCGGAGGAAAAGCUCCUCGCAAGCAGCUGGCGACCAAGGCUGCCCGUAAGAGCGCUCCAGCUACCGGAGGAGUUAAGAAGCCUCAUCGUUAUCGGCCAGGAACUGUUGCCCUGCGUGAGAUCCGUCGUUACCAGAAGUCGACUGAGCUGCUGAUCCGCAAGCUGCCUUUCCAGCGUCUGGUUCGUGAGAUCGCCCAGGACUUCAAGACUGAUCUGCGUUUCCAGAGCUCGGCUGUCAUGGCCCUGCAGGAAGCCAGCGAAGCUUAUCUGGUCGGAUUGUUCGAGGACACCAAUCUGUGCGCCAUUCACGCCAAGCGUGUCACCAUCAUGCCCAAGGACAUCCAGCUGGCUCGCCGCAUUCGUGGAGAACGUGCUUAAGUUGCUCCGGAUCUGAUCUGUUUCUGCCAAUUCAAACCAAACGGUCCUUUUCAGGACCACAACUAAAUCUGGAAGGAGUCUUUUAUUGCUGUUUCCUUUUUAUUUGGCGACCGUGA